AUGUCCCGGGACGUGCAGCCGGCCGGGUUUGCUGUCCUGCCCUGCUGGGGACGCACACGGCGGUGUCCCCUGCGCCCGUGCUGUCCCCGCCUGCUCUGCGGGGCUGGGCUGGUGUGCAGGGAGAGUGGAGACAGGAAUAAAUUAGUUACGAGCAGGCUCAUCAGCCAAGGGACCUACAGUGUCGUGGCUAAAAAUAGGCUGUCACAGGAGCGCCUGGACUCUGUGUACCAGACGGUGCUCUUUGCACUUUAUUUAUGGCUGCUCUUAGAAACUGCUGUGCACGAGCUCCUCCCUGGUGCCCAGCACGGCCCUGGCUGGCAGGAACAGCCCCGUUUCUCACCUGGCCUCUCCCGCUUGCUUGCAGGGCCGGAGGCGUUCUGCGACUUCAACGGCAAGAAGUACAGCCCGGGGGAGAGCUGGCACCCGUACCUGGAGCCGCAGGGGCUCAUGCUCUGCAUCCGCUGCAGCUGCGCCGAGAACACCAGCAUCAGGUGCUCCCGGAUCCAGUGCCCGGCGCUGCCGUGCGCCAGCCCCGUGACGGAGCCGCAGCAGUGCUGCCCGCGCUGUCCCGAGCCCCCGUCCCCGUCCGGGCUGCGGGCGCCCGCCAGGUCGUGCCGCUACAACGGGACCACGUUCCAGCAGGGAGAGAUGUUCAGCGGCAGCGAGCUGUUCCCCGGCCGCCAGCCCAACCAGUGUGUGCAGUGCAGCUGCUCCGAAGGCCAGAUUUACUGUGGCUUGGUGACCUGCCCCGAGCUGCUGUGCUCCUCUCCCUUCAGCGUGCCAGACUCCUGCUGCCAGGUCUGCAAAGAUGGCUCCCUUGAGAAGCCCUCGGAAGAGGAGCCCCUGCAGUUGAACAGAGGUGUUAGACAUUCCCAGGACCAGUGCUUGGGAGAGGUGGUGGGCAGGAAGCCCCCCGGAGCCACCGUGUCCACGGCUCUCAGCUCUUCCCUGGAGCUGAUUCCCAGAAGCUUCAAACCCAAGGGAGCAGGGGGCACCACUGUCAAGAUCGUCUUGAAAGAGAAGCACAAGAAAGCCUGUGUGUACAAUGGGAAGACCUACUCGCACGGCGAGGUGUGGCACCCCGUGUUCCGGCUCUACGGCCUGCUGCCCUGCAUCCUCUGCACCUGCAGGGACGGCGUCCAGGACUGCCACAAGCUCACCUGCCCCAAGGAGUACCCCUGCCAGCACCCUGAAAAAGUGGAUGGGAAGUGCUGUAAGGAAUGCCCAGAAAGCAGGGUCAGACCCACGGACGAGGCGGGCAGCCCGCGGUGUGGCGGCGGCCCCGGCCGUGUCCUGGUGUACGCCUUCGUGCCGCCGCGCUCCGAGCCCUCCAAGGACAUCCUCAGGACCGUGGCCAUCGAGAGGGAGCCGGCAGAGGAGGUGGAAAUCUACAACUGGAAGCUGAUUAAAGGAAUAUUCCAUCUGAUCCAGACCAAGAAGAUCAGCAAGCAAGAAUUCAAGCAAGAGGCACAAAACUUCAGGCUGAUCACCAGGACAAACGAAGGUCACUGGAACAUCUUCCGAGCGCAGACGUCAGAGCUGAGCAUGACAGAGAGCCCAGAGAAGGAGACAAAGACCUUGUAAAGCCAAGAACUCUCCUCUAGCUAUCGAUUUAUCUACACACAGACACACAUACACAUAUACCCCAACCCCAGAGCUGCAUUACUCAGUAGACUGGCACUGCAAUACAGGUUACACUAGCGGGAAUUCCAGCGACUCCAGAGAACCAUCCCAAUCCCAACCCAUGGGAACCACAGCCGGGCAGGUGCCAGGAGGAGGAGGGAUCCAUCCCAGACACCCCGGCAUUCCUGAGGAGCGCGGCAAAGCAGGACAUGACCGUGCUUCUCACCAGGGCAAAGAUGACCUGCAAGGGAGAAAAAUCAUCCCUCCCUCUUUCCUUGGAGCCCCUGGGAGCUGCAAAGGGGUUUCUUUGGCUGGAUACCCUCCAAGGGGUGUUCUUUGAACAAUCCCCUCUCUUCUAGCUGGGAUGAUUCCUUUCCCUCUUUGCAGGGAAAGGAUUAUUUUCCCUGGGAUGAUUCUCUUCCCUCUUUGCAGGGAAAGGAUUCUUUUCCCUGGGAUGAUUCCUUUCCCUCUUUGCAGGGAAAGGAUUCUUUUCCCUGGGAUGAUUCUCUUCCUUCUUUGCAGGGAAAGGAUUCUUUCCCCUGGGAUGAUUCCUUUCCCUCUUUGCAGGGAAAGGAUUCUUUUCCCUGGGAUGAUUCUCUUCCUUCUUUGCAGGGAAAGGAUUAUUUUCCCUGGGAUGAUUCUCUUCCUUCUUUGCAGGGAAAGGAUUCUUUUCCCUGGGAUGAUUCCUUUCCCUCUUUGCAGGGAAAGGAUUAUUUUCCCUGGGAUGAUUCUCUUCCCUCUCUGCAGGUCACCUGGAGAUGUAGGUUUUGGGAGGAGCCAGCUGCUGGCAGGGUCUGAGACCCUGGGCACUGCACUAAGGUCGCUGCUCAGCAUUUACUGUGCUACAUAUUUAUAUCUAUCCUAUAUAAUAUCUACCGGGCUGUAUUCACAGGAGGGGCAUCUCCCAGAGGGCAAACAGGAUCAUUUCUGCAGCAUGGGGAGGAGGGUGUGCAGCAGCAUCCCCUUCCCCCUGUUUGGAAACAGCUUUGGGGGAUUUUUGGAUUGUUUUGGUACAUAUAUUUAUCCCUGGAUUCUUGUUUUAUUCCCUUUUGAUAAAUCUAUUUAUUUGGAGAUCCAACUCUGUCUGACAAAUCUGAUUAAAAGUCUUCUUGAUUCAGCUUCCUGUGCUGGUUCUCCUUUCCCUGUAGGGUCUGUGUCAAGGCUCAGGGGCCCUGGUGGGAUCUGGUUCCCC